AUGGCAUUCUAUGCUGAUAACUUCUCUGCUAACUCUGCUUUUCAAACCUCGAGCAGUCCUGCAACGCCAACCAGAGGCAUUGGCAGGUUCGGAACCCCUCGGACCGUGUUCUCGCCUGCAGCGUACUCUCCUGUGAAGGCUGCUGCUUGCACCGACAACGGUGAGACGUGCUGCAGCAGCGUGCUUCUGAAGAGCGUGAGGCCGCUGCUGGAGAAACUGGCCCAAGGCGCUGCUGACGGGCAACACAAGCCCGCCAAGGUGCACGUAGCUGACGCACCUGACGUGAAGCGGCCUGGAAUCGGCCGCUUCGGAGGCAAGCCUGCUGCUGCCGUGCUUGCACCUGUGGUCGUCGCUGCUGCUCCCGUCACACCGUCUGCUGUGGUUGCGCCUGUGGUGGUGCCUGAGGUAGCGCCUGUGGCUCCAGUGGCUUCAACCACACCACAGGUGCCUGAAGCGCGUGUGACCACAGAAACGAUAUCCGUGGAGGCGAGUGCACGUGCUGCUGAUCCGAGUGAGAAAGCGAGGUGGUCGAAGCUGCGUCAGGAGGUCAAAGCCAUGGAUAUUGCGAUGACGCGUGCUGCUUACCUGAGGGCCAAGGGCAAGAAUGGGUGCAGCAGCAAGGUGGUGAUCAUGGGUGUGAAGGGUGGUAACGGCAACAACAUGCAUGCAAGAUCUGCCCCAUGUGCGGCAGCAGCAGCAGUUGUGGGAUCACGUGGUGGUGCAUCAUCAGUGAGAGCAGCUGGCAAGGCCAGCAGCAGACACGCGAGUGGGGUGAAGAGGAGAGAGGAGGGUGGGUGUGGGGAGGGAGCAGCAGGGUGGGCAGCAGGUGGAAGGCAGGGUGGUGUGAAGGCAGCAGGUGGCAGAGCAGUGGCAAGUGGCGUGUGUGGCAGGGAGGGGGUGAAGCAGCAGGCGGGGAGGAGAGAGAGUUUGGUGGAUGAGAGGGAGGUCAGGCCAGGCUGCCGCAGCAGCAGGGCGCACAGAAGGAGCUCCUGA